GCACCAACUGACAGGUUUAGAGAGCGCCAAAACCAUACUACCACUUCUGUCACAGAAGCUAAGUCAAUACAGACUUUCGAGCUUGAAGAUGCCGCUUUCAACCAGCUCCACAUCCUCCACAAAGAGCGUCCGCAGAGCAGCGUCCGAGCUGGAGAGAUCUGAUUCCAUCACGAUGUGUCGUACGGUUUACCUUGAUUGCAUUGCCGAUCUAAUGCGCAUUUGGAGAUGUAAAGCGCACCCAUCAAAUAUCAAGGGAGACAUCCAAGAAUCUCCAAGAUUCGUCGGUAGACGGCAGAGCUUGAUCGAGGACGCGCGCAAGGAGAGGGAAGCAGCCGCUGCAGCGGCAGAGGCUGCAGAGGCCAGUGAACAGAUAGUGUUUGAGGAGGACGACGGAAAAGCACUCCUCAACAUUUUCUUUACUUUAAGAAACUCCAAGACACCUGCGCUGUCGCGGACACUCAAGGUUUUCGAGACAUUUGAAGCUAAGAUUCACCAUCUGGAGACGCGACCAUGCCGGAAGCUCAAAGACAGCCUUGAGGGCCUGGAGUACUUUGUCCGCUGUGAGGUGCACCUCUCAGAUGUCAGUACCCUGAUCAGCUCCAUAAAGAGGAAUGCAGAGGAUGUCAAAACCACCAAAGAAGUCAAAUUCCACUGGUUCCCAAAGAAAAUUGCAGAUUUGGAUAGGUGUCAUCAUCUGGUCACCAAAUUUGAUCCAGACUUAGACCAUGACCACCCAGGCUACACAGAUCCUGCCUACAGACAGAGGAGGAGAAUGAUUGGUGACAUUGCCUUCAGAUACAGAUAUGGGCAGUCGAUCCCCAGAGUGGAAUACACAGAGGAGGAGAUCGGCACAUGGCGAGAAGUAUAUUCAACCCUGAGGGACUUGUACACCACCCAUGCCUGCAGUGAAUACCUUGAGGCUUUUCGUCUCCUAGAAAGGCAUUGUGGGUACAGCCCAGACAACAUUCCCCAGCUGGAAGAUGUGUCACGCUUCCUCAAAGAGCGCACAGGAUUUCAGCUGCGUCCAGUGGCGGGCCUGCUCUCAGCCAGAGAUUUUCUGGCCAGUUUGGCAUUCCGAGUGUUCCAGUGCACCCAGUACAUCCGACAUGCUUCCUCCCCCAUGCACUCCCCAGAACCUGACUGCGUCCAUGAAUUACUGGGCCACGUACCCAUGCUGGCUGAUCGCACUUUUGCCCAGUUUUCACAGAACCUUGGUUUGGCUUCACUGGGGGCUUCGGAUGAAGAUAUUGAGAAACUGUCCACACUGUACUGGUUCACGGUCGAGUAUGGCUUAUGUAAACAAAAUGGUGAGGUGAGGGCUUAUGGAGCUGGGCUGCUUUCCUCUUAUGGUGAACUUGUGCACUCUCUGUCUGAUGAACCAGAGACGAGAGAGUUUGAUCCAGAGGCUGCAGCAGUGCAGCCCUAUCAAGACCAGACGUACCAGCCUGUUUACUUUAUUUCUGAGAGUUUUUCAGAUGCCAAGGAGAAAUUCAGGGCUUAUGUAGCUGGCAUCAAGCGUCCCUUCUCAGUCAGAUUUGAUCCAUAUACCAGCAGUGUUGAAGUACUGGACAACCCAGUGAAGAUCCAAGGAGGCCUGGAAGGUGUGAAGGAUGAGCUUAAAGUGCUGACAGACGCCCUAAGUGUGCUAUCGUGAUGAUGCGCUGUCUUUCACCAUCCGCCUGUUGUUUGCUUUUCUCUCCGCUGAGUCCACGCUGUCAAAGAUCGCCAAUGUGUUCAUAUUUCUGUGCCGUACCUGCUGUAUGAAUCUGAGUUUUGCUUGUUGUGGUUGGCUGGUUGGCCAGCAAGGUUGCAACCAUUAAAACUUCAAAACUCAGCGCUGACAAAGUAUCCAAAGAUCUUAAAUGCUUGCAUUUGUGAAAUGAUGGGGUUUUACUGACUGGACCAUUCAUGCUUUUAAAGUUUGUUGUUCUAUCCCAUGUGUCAAAUCUAGAGUCACAUCAAAGGGAACUCUGAUAAUGAAUGUAUUAAAAGAAGACUAUAUAAGUAUGGUAUAGAUAUUUUGAAAUUAAAGAAUUAUAAUGGUGUAUAUUUGGAUCAUUUAUUUUAUUUAGAAAAAAAUCUGUAACUGCUCUGUCAAAAGCUUUAUUUUCCAAAUAUGUGAAUUUAGCUUUUGAGU